AUAAAAUUAUAUUUAAAUGCGUUUUAAGAAAUCUGUUUAAAUCAAAAUAUAUCAUCGAUUUCUUACGAGAGUCGAUCAAAACAUUGGCGCUCAAAUAUGGCCUCCUCAGGUAUGUGCUAUUUUAGCCAAUAUAGGAAAUUUGCGGGAAAUGUCAACCCCACGACCUCUUGACUCUGCUUGUUCACAUCUGUGUUUGAACAAUAAAGACUAGUUAUUGUUUUCAUGCUAGCGAAAUGGAAGGACUGAGAGGAAGAAUGGUGUAGUUCAAGAUUAUUAUAGACUUGUCAUUUACUGUGGACUCACACUGGCAGGUUUAGCCCUGCUCGCUCCUCAAAUGGAUGACCAAGGCAGAGGAGAGGAAAAAGAUGAGGGACAAGAUGACACAGCAGUUGUGUAUGACUCUGAAAUUGUGCUUGACCUGUGUGGCAGAAGACUGAAAAGAUUGGAAAAAGCACCAGCCAACCAAGCCUAUGCUACUGCCCUUGUCUUAGAUAACAACUCUUUACAAAACCUUGCCAAUCUUGACAGCUAUGGUGAACUUGAAAGGCUGUCAAUUGCCAACAACCAGGUUGUACGGAUGUACUGGUUUGCUCGUAUGUACUCGCUACGUGUGCUCAACCUUCCUAAUAACAGCAUUGUUCAGGUGGAAGGGAUGAGGGAGCUCAUCCAUCUUGUCCACCUCAACUUGGCUGGUAAUAAGUUGAAGACUAUUGAGGGGCUAAGUUACAACAGAACGCUGGAGCAUUUAAAUUUGUCAGGAAAUCUUAUAACUCAUGUCAAUGAUCUCUCUAUGUUGAAGAAUCUCAAGGAGUUGUUUCUCCAUCGGAAUUUAAUAACUACACUCUACCGCUGCAACAAGUAUUUACCUCCCAGUCUCAUCAUCCUCACAUUAUCAGAUAAUGCUCUUGUUGAUCUCAACGACUUGUCAAAUCUCUCGCACUUGAACCACUUGGAGCAGGUCACUAUUCUCAAUAAUCCCUGCCUUGACCCAGUCCAGCCCACAGAUGAGUCUGGAGUCCCUUUUGGGCCCCCUCUGGCCUUCGACUACAGACCUUAUGUCAUAAACUGGUGCCUUAAUCUCAAGGUUCUCGAUGGCUACAAGGUCACACCAAAAGAGAGCUUAAAAGCAGAGUGGCUGUACUCUCAGGGUAAAGGGCGUGGAUAUCAGGUAGGAGAACAUGCGGCACUAGUCCAGUACCUGUCUGGUGUUUGCCUCGCUGGUGGAGGUUGGGGAGGUGCAGACCUUCCUGACGAUGAUGAUAAGUUGGCCAAAAUUCUCCAGCUUGCCAAACAGCAUCAACAUGAUCUCAGACACUCUGUUAAUGGGCAAGAUGUUAGUGAGUCAUCAAGUGGACGUGGCAGUAGGUCUAGCAGCCAUCAUGACUCCCCAGCACUGCACCGACGUAGUGUUGCACGGUCGACUUCUGUGAGACGCAACACUGCCCCCUCACGGUCAGCUCCAGCCCGCGAGUGCCACCGCCGCACACACUCCCACUCUGCAGUCACCAGGAAUGAGUCUAAUGUGCGAUCUCAACAAGCACAUUCUUACCAUGUAGAGCUGUCUAACACCUUGUAUGGGGGGGAACUACGUACACCUGAUACCCCGAGCCUCAUGACCCAGAGUAUGGAUCCUGCCAUCUUAUCUCAACUAGCUGGUAAUGCACCCAGGGGUACAACUGAUCUCAUGUCACGAAGUUUGGGAGCCGAGCAGAUGUCUCGUUCCCUGGGUUUGGACCCCAUGACCCAGUCUAUGGGAGAGGAAGAUUUUAAACAUGCAAUGGAAUUUGAUCCCAUGACACAGAGCCAGGGACCUGAACAGCUUGCACGCAGCCUAUUACGUCAAGAUUCCAAUAACAGCCUAAUGACACGCAGCUUGGAUUUGGGCCAUCUCACCAAUGGGGAGACUGAGACAUGGGGGGAGCAUGUGUCUCACCCACUACCCCACAGCCACCCACGACCCACAAGCCUCUUUGGAGACGAAAAUGAUUUGGUGGUAGAAGACAUUGGGCCCCAAGAGCACAGCAGCCAGCUCACAGGCUCCAGUAAGUUUGUCCCUGCUCCAGAAAGUAUUAUGAGCCCCGAGUUUCAAGCGGCCUUGGCAACACGCUCAAGUCAUAUCCACAGCUCUUCCGGUGGCCCCACACAACAAAGCAUUAGUGUGGCACGGUCCAACUCCAUUCCACGUUCUCAGCGUCCACCUCCGUCCAUCAGGCCCACAGCUGCACCUCAGGAUUCUCCAAGACAAACGCCGUCACGAUCUUCAUCGGUAACUCGGCCUCGAGCAUCGCCCAUGAAGAGUCCGGCCCCUUCCGACAUUGCAAGGGGCUCUCCUUCUCGUACUGCACGCCCAUCCAGUGGGGCACAAAACUCUAGUACAGGACCAUCAACACUACCUAGACCCAAGCCUUCUCCCAAGCCCGCCCCAAGAUAUGUGCGCUCUGUCUCUGUUGAGCCUGCCACCAGGAGACCAAGCUCAACAAAGAAGAAAGCUGCUUCUCCACAUCAUGGAUAUUCAGAUGCCGAUUCAGAUAAUACUGACUCUGAAAUGUCCAUCUCGAAGCUGCAGACAAUUAAAAGCAUUGCGGCUGAGAGGAAGCAGACAGAGAAACGAGGUAGAGAUCCCAUGCAUUCCUCUCAUGCUUAUGAUCCAGAGAAAUAUAGGAAUGGUGCUCCAAUUAGAAGUUCUGAUAAUAAUGAUGUGCGCCGCCGUUCAAGCAACAGUAGCAGUGGGAGCAGUACCUCAGAUGUGACCAAAGCUCAAGCAGCCAUCACCUUACAGAAACACUGGCGAGGAUACCAGACACGCAAUAAUGAUCCAAAUGCUGCAAAAAUAAGAGAUGAUAUUAGACAUUCUCGAGCUGAACAGCAUAUCAAGCAUUUAACAGAGAAGUUGCAUUCUACUGAAGAGGCCCUAGAACGUGAAAGGCGCCUCCGACACAUGCAAUUAGACGCAAUUCGUACCUUGUGGCGAGAGAUCCAGAAGCUGCAGGCUAACAAACGUGAGGGUGUCACUACACCCUCUACCCCAAUAACACCUCUAACACCGCUCACACCCUUGGAUGCUAAAGAAGGAGCUGCUGCUGCAACUGCUGCUGCAGUUGCUGCAGGCACUAAAAAGUAUUCUGAGGAGAGUGUGAAAGAGCUCACUGAGUUUUGUGCAUCUCUGCAAGGACAGGUUGGACAGCUUCAAGAAUCAUUGUCAAUGGUUACACAAGUGAUGAAUGCAUUUUGUAAUCUCCCAGGAUCGCAGUCACUACUCACAAUGUCCCAGUCUAGUGGAUCAGGUCAUGAAAGAUCACCAGGUGGUGAUUCACCACCAUCCCAGAGUGCUGCUACAAUUCCUGUUCCUCUCAGUGAAUCAGUAACCUCACUCACACACUCUAUUCGUGCACUCACUACUUCAAUUGUGAAAUCUCCUUCAAACCGUAACGAUAAAACAAUUGGUGUUGAGGGCAGUGGUGCUGUUGGUGUGGGUAGUAGCGAUGGUAGUGGUAAUAUUCAUUGUGAUGAUAACAUUUGUGAGGAUCAUUCCAGUGAUGGUUCAGAUGGAACUCCAGUUGCCUGUCAAAAGCUGCCACCUCAGUUUGAUCAGUUUAUAAACCCAGAAAUGAUCAACUCCAUUGCCUCUAUAGCAUCAACUGAUCUCAAUGCAACUACACUCGAUGCAUCUACUAUCUCUGUCGAUUCGACCGAAGGUGGCGAAGCAGAUACAACUGGCCGCGACGAAGCCGAACUCUCUGAAUCGAGUCAGUCGUCCCUCUCUGGAAGUCUGUCUGGAAGCCACUCUGGUAAUCAAUCUGAAGGUGGUAGACAAGCUAUGAGUCAAGGCCCAGCCAGACCGUCCUCCUUACCGGUUGCCAGGCCACACACCCCUCGCACCACCACAUCUUGACCCUUGUGCCCCCCUUCUCUGCUAGCACUACAUCCUACCCUAUAUCCCAGUCUACGCCCUGCUCCCCGUGCUAUUCAGCACUAUGCUACAGCUCUCUUGUCGUCGGUGCUCACUGAUCUCACAAUAAUGGCAAAUCAGAACCCUCGAUGAACCCCUCAGCAAAAUAUAUGGCAGUUGAAAUAAUAGUAAGUCAUAGAACACUGCACCAUAAUAAAAAGAUGGAAACUAAUUCCAGCCCAAGGCCAUUGUUGUUAAUGAAUUCAUUAAUGUGCAACUUUUUUCUAUUUAAUACUGAACAUUUGCAGGUCACAAAUUACAUGUAUUUUUCCUCGACUUUAAUCGAAAGGAAAAUAUUUAUUAUUCAAUAAGGCAGCUGUAUGCACAAGAAAUAAUUGAAGUCAUUAGUUAUACAAAGAUUUGUUUAUUAAUAUUUCUAAGUUUGAAGGAAAUGUAAUUUUCAGAAUACUGAGUAUGCAAAUGUGUAGUGUGUGUGUGUAUAUAUAUAUAUAUAUAUAUAUAUAUAUAUAUAUAUAUACUGUAUACACAUGGUGGCCCAAAAGUUGCUCUACUGUAACAUUAUUCUUAUAAAAUAGUAUUUACGGUAAAGUAAUUUUUGGGCUUGCAUAUACACUUUAUACAUUUUGUGUGUGUGUGUGUGUAAUUACCUAAGUGUAGCUACAGGAUGAGAGCUGCGCUCGUGGUGUCCCAUCUUCCCAGUAAUCUUGUCAUAUAACUCCUUGAAACUACUGAUGGUUUUAGCCUCCACCACCCUCUCAACUAACUUGUUCCAACCAUCUACCACUGUUUGAGAAAGUGAUUUUUUUUUUUAUUUCUUCGGCAGCUUCGUAAAGUUGGUUUAAAUCUAUGACCUAUUGAUCCUGAGGUUCCAAGUCUCGGGAACUCUUCCCUGUCAAUUUUAUUGAUUCCCAUUACAGGUACUAUUUUGUAAGUUGUGAUAUCGCCUCUCUUUAUUCUGUCUUCUAGUUUUGGCAUAUUUAAUGCUUCUAACUUCUCCUUGUAGUUGUCUAAUUCCCAGGUACCUGUUUACUGCUAGGUGAACAGAGGCAUCAUGGUGAAAGAAACUCUGCCCAUUUGUUUCCGGCUCUGCCAGGAAUCGAACCCAGAACCUUAGGACUAUGAAUCCUGAGCGCUGUCCAUUCAGCCGUCUGUCCACUAAAAGAGAAACCUGGCACUAGAACUUUAGCAUCUCAAAAGGCAAUUGAAAAGGGGAAGUUGGGAGGAAUUACCAUAACAAACAACAAGAAAAUCAUCUCCAUUAAUUAUCAACAGUUUCUUACUAAUCUUGUGAAUAAUUUGCAACACCGUAUGUUCACAACAUUCAUGAAAGACUUCCAAACUUCUGAACCUCAAAGUAUGUAUAAAUUACUGUUAAAUGAAACGUGUGUCCUUGAAAAAAGACUGCUGGCCUGAUGAAACACCACCUAAUUAUGGAGCUGAGAUAUUCUCUCUCUGUAAGAGGUUUAAGUUUUCUUCUUACUCUGCACCAAAGGCCUUUAGAGACUAUGUGGAGGAUUAUAGAUGCCACAUCCCCCCCCCCCCAAGAUUUACACCCAUUACUGAGCUGUUUCCAAGUUAUUCCUAUUAGUACUGCCGAGUGUGAGGGGGGGGGGGGAUUCACUCACAUGAACCUGAUAACAACAACAACACUCAAGAAUUCUCAUAAAUCAUGUAUCAGCACUUAUGUUUGUUAAACUACAUGGACCUCCUCUAGUUCAGUGGCAUCCAGAGCCAUAUGCCAUGCCAUGUGGCUGCUGUACCACAGAUCGGCAGAUGACACACAAGUUUCUUCAGACGCCAGAAAACAUCUCUCAUACAUAUAUGUCGUACCUAGUACUGUAGCCAGAAUGCACUUCUCGGCCUACUAUGCAAGGACCAAUUUGCCUACUAAGCCAAGUUUUCCUGAAUUUAUAUAUUUUUCUAAUUCUUUUUUUAUGAAAUCUUUAAGAUAUCCAUUUUACUAUGUAUGAGUUAAUUUUUUCUAAUUUGAGUUAAAACUACUGUAGAUAUAUGACCGAACCUAACCUAACCUAUUGUAACCUAACCUAAAUUUACACAAAUAAGUCAAUAAUUUGUUGCUAAUAUAAUAUAAUAAUAAUAAUUCAAAUAAACUAAUUGGAAACAAUUAAUUGAACAUAAAGAAAAUCACUUGGACUAUUAGGCAAAUCGGGACUUGCAUAGUAGGCCGAGAAGUGCGUUCUGGCUACUAGGUACGACAUAUAUAUAUAUAUAAUAUUAAUUACCGAACAUUGAGUAAUAAACAUAUACAUUUCUUCCUUUACACAUGAAGUAUGUUACCAGAUGUGGACACAAAUACUUAUACAGUAUGACUAGGUACACAGAUCAUUUACAAUAGACAUUCAGACAAUUCAACAAAGUUACAAUCUUGGUGCAAAAUUCUUAUAUCGCUCCAGAAUAUCAUCAAUCUUUCCGUUGUGACACAUCCAGGCUAUUUGUUCAGGAACAGUCCUUAUCUCAAUGUUUCUGUAUAAACUAAUCGGCGGACAAUCAAGAACAUAAUGAGUGAGGGUGAGAGCCCUUGACAUACCACAUAGUUUACACUUCGUUUCAUUCUCACCUAUUCUAUAUUCCCAGUAAUAUUUGUACCCAAGCCUGUGCUUCAUGACACCACGAGCAUAGCUAUCAUUCUGUAACUAUACUUGGGUAAUUACACACACACAUAUACAGUAUAACUAUUGACGUCAGUAAGAGUCAAGGAGUUGUAUCAUGCCUUGCAUACGUUAUUAAUGUUUUUUAAAUGUUUAUGUAUUGAGAUAUUUUUGAGAGAGGGUCUUGAUGGCUUCCCUGAUGUUAGCCACACUGAUGUAGCUUCUCGUACAUGUCACAUUAGUCCCAGGAGUCUCUAACUCUCAAAUUGCCCACCCAUAUUCAGGUUGAUUUCCGGGUGCACAUAAAAAAUAUCCCAUUCUCCAUCGUAAAACACUUCUGAUGUAUGGAAAAAAAUUAAUAUUUUCAAUUUUUCCAUAGUGUGUAGAAAUGUUGAAAAGUUAAAUUCUGAUAAUUUAUUUUCAAAUAAAAUAUUUAUAAUAGAUUUCUCAUCACAAAUAUUUUCCUAGUCCAUAAAAGUCUGAAAUUUGACAUGCCAGUGGCUUCAAUGGUUCCUACCAUAGGUAUUAGUAAAUGGAUGGUAAUGCACCUGACAUACCUGGUGGCAACCUUGUGGAGGUUCUGGUAAUCAGCGGUCCUGUGGCCUAGUCUCUGUCCAGGCCUCCCAGUUGGUCAUCUGGUCAACCAGGCUGUUGGACGAUGCUGCUCGUAGCUGGACGUAUAAAUCACGGCCUAGUUGAUCAGAUUGUGACAUGGUGCCAGUUUUUUAAUAAUGCCCAGGAAAACAACUAAGACUUUAUAUUUUUUUUAAUAUGUCAAAUGAUGGCCAGAGGUCUCUAGUGCUUAAUGGCAUUCACGUAGAGUCUUUGGUAAUUUUGAUUAUUAUGAGGCACAUUAAAACUUCCACAGGUGACAGGAGCAUUGUCAGUCUCUCUUGAGAGUGACAUGGACAGUUUGAGUUAAUAGCCUACUAUAGACUAGAGCCAGAACCUGGCUUCCCUCAUCUCCUCCCUCCCUCGUACAGGGAACAGAAGAUUCUUUCACCCUCACCCAAGGAAACAUCCAAAACGUGAGCAAAGCAAAACAGACAACUGCAAGAUUCACAGAGAAAACUGAAAUGACUGUGAAAAUGACUGCUAAAAAUCCACUCAAUAGUUACAGCCGGCCACUGCAAGGUGGCAACCCCAUCCUAGCUGAUAGUAUUCAUUGUUUGCAGGCUUCUUCUUUUCUGGCAAAGAAUGAUACAUUUGACUUCCAGAAGGGUACUUUGGUUAUAGAUUCAUGGCUUUGUUAGGCCAGCUGUUAUUAAUCAAUUAGUUGUUAUGUCUCGUGUAUAUUUAUCACUACCUGUGGGCCACCUCAACUGCUUUGAGGGAUGCAUUGUUUGUAAACCCAUUCCUCCCUGCUACAUCCCAUUUUUUCUUCUAAUCCAUGGUUAGCUGCAGGGGGCCACCAUUUGGCCCCUCCAAAAAACCAGCAUUGUAUGUAAUGAAAACCCUUCUUUGUGGUUGGGUCUUGUUGGUUCCCUGUCCCCUUCCCCCUCCCCCCCAACCCCUCUCCUCCCAUCACAAGGUUUCAGCACCACCUUGUGAUGACCCACUGUUGGAUGGGGGGGAGGGAAUGAACUUACAACUGAGUGGUUCGUUUGCAGUUGUUUCUUUUCUCUAUGUGAACCUUGCGGUUGUCUGCCUAGCUUUGCUUGCUUUCCGGACAUUUCUGGGAAGGGUGAUUGUAAAGAAUCCCCUGAUCCUUGCACCUCUAUGAGGUGGGGCCAGGUUCUGAAUCUCGUCUGUAGGCUUUUAUGGACUCCUGGAACUGAUGUAAUUCAUGUGUAGAGCUACCUCAAUGUGGCUAGCUUCAGGAAACCACUGAGGCCCAACCAGAAUCCCUUUUUUUUAUAGUAAAUAUUAAUAGUAAGACUUCCAUGCCAUCUAUUGGGAUUUACAUAGUUAUAAAUAUCAUGGACAUAGACAUAGUCCAUUUCUCAAGGAAAGAGAAGUUGAGAAACUUAAGAAAUAUAAUGUAAGUUCAGCAUUUGCUUCUCUUGCAAUGAACUGUUAGUACAAUGCUUUUCUAGUCACAAGCUACAGACAAACAGUUGUGCUUUACAAAGUCUGUACAGUACAUAUAUGAUUUGUAAAGAGGAUCUCAUUGUCGUACCCAAGGUCUUGUUUCCGGUACCUCAUUUAUAUACAAUAUUUCUUGUUUGUGAUGUACUGUAUUACUAAUUACUCAUCAUUAUCAAUAUAUAGUAUACUGAUGGUAAUAGCGAUACAAACAUGCUUUGUGUAUACUACGACUCGGCACACUCACCAUCGCUAUUGUUGCUCCAUUACCUAUAUAAUGUCAAGCAAGCUGCCUUACUUUUUAAAUAAUAGUGGAAAAUCCAACCUAGUUCUGUGUGAUCUUUUAUAUUGCAAUAUUUGUAUCAAGACGUAUUCAGUCAUUAACCAUGUUUGCUGAAGAGGUCUUCAAUAAUUGUCACUGCUUCUCUGCUAAUUAUAUUGAAAAUGUGGAGAGACAGUGAUAGAUCUUAAUAUAAUACAUUUUACUACAAGGCAAUACCCAACAUUUUUGUUAUUUUAUAAAAUGCUACAUUACUUAUAUGGUAAGAAAUCUGAUAUGCCCAAUGUCUAUUAAGUUAUAUUUGAUAGUUUUUACAUAAUUUAGCAUCCUGAACCAUUUCUAAAGUUUUCACGUAUAAAUAUUGAAGAAUUUGAACUUAUUACGCAAAUAUAUAGUGUGAUAUGUCUGUUGGUUCUUAAUGAAUUACAGUAUUGUCUUGAAAAUACAAAAAUCCCUUCCAGAAUUAUACUGUAGAAUGGAAGCAGACACCUUGAAAUGUAAAGUUUAUUGUAGUGCUCGUGAGGGAAGAGUUGAAAUGGACGAUACUGAAUGUUCUAGUAUUCGUCGUUUCCGUGUGAGCAUACACAUAACUGUGUGUUUUAAAUUAUGCUACAUAGGUCUCCAACAUGCACACAAAUGACUAGCAUGAAGUAUAGUACAAUAUGAGCAAAUUUUGUUUACAUAUUUAAGAUCAUGACUUGUUUCCAAGUGUUGAUAAAUAUUAUGGUAUUAGAGGAAACUGUAACCACAUUAAUGAGAGAAAAUAACUUUUUUGACGUAAAAUAAUUUUUUGUUUGUAUUUUACAUUCCUGUUAUACUAUAUUAUAUUUCACUAUUGCUAAAUAUGUCUGGAAGAUGGAAAACAUACACAUUGUCUUCUGUUAAAUUGGUGCAUGUCUUGGGUUAUUUUGUUAACUUUUUUGUUGAUUCUUUGUUUAAUUAUAUUUUAUUCUUAGAUUUGCUCUAUUUGUUCCUUAGCUAGAUUAUCACCAUGUUAAGGCACAAGAUAUUAAGUGGCCAACACUGAGCAUUUUUAUUUUUUACAGAAAGAAAAGCUAAAAAUAGAUCUUUUAAAUAAAUAUAAUGUCAUAUUGGCAUAUUAAGAAUUAUUAGUAUGGAUUUUAGACACACAGCUGUCCAACUCAAAAUGUCAUCACGAGUAGGAUUUGAUUAGUUGAACCUACAGUAUUUCAAGAUUGUAAUUGAAGCUCUUAACACUGGGUGUAACCAACCUUUAUGCUACAGUGUCUCUAUAGCCAAAGGAAAAGCCAUAAUAUUACUUCCAUCCAUUAGGCAAUAAUGUACUAUUUAAAUGGCUUAUAUAAUUAGUUUUAAUAAUAUUGUUAUAAUUAUAGUGUACACUUGCUAAUUCAAUUGAACUGUAACCAAUGCUGCUGUGAAGGACACAAUAGGUCAGACUUUUAUUUAUUAUUAUUUUGAUAAAAAAGUAAUAGUAAUACAUAUGCAGACGAGGAGUCACAAUAACGUGGCUGAAAUAUGUUGACCCAACCACACACUAGAAAGUGAAGGGACGACGACGUUUUGGUCCGUCCUGGACCAUUCUCAAGUCGAUGAAUGAGAAUGGUCCAGGACGGACCAAAAUGUCAUCGUCCCUUCACUGUCUAGUGUAUGGUUUGGUCAAUAAUAGUAAUACAGGUGAACCUUGGUAUUUGGAUUUAAUUGGUUCCUGAAGGCAGGACAAAUGGCAAAAAUUGAGAGUACCGAACAAUUUUUUCCCCAUAACGAAUAAUGCAAAUUAGAUUAAUCCAUUCCAGAUCACAAAAUUAAAUAUAUGUAUACAAUAAUUAAAUGAAAUAAAUGCUAACACACUACACACUUUACCUGCACUUAGAUGACAUAUGUGGUUGAUGACAUAUGUGGAAGGUGGUGAUGGCAAAGAAAGAGAUGUUAUUCUUCGGCAGGGGAGUCCCCUACCAUUAUCACAGCUUUGUCAAGGUGAUAUUUUUCAGGAAAACUUUGCAUUUACCCCCACUUUGGGUACAUUUGUUUUAUAAGAGAACUAGAUUUAGGCAUCUACUCUUAACAAGAGCAGACAAAUGGGCACCACAUUCAUAUUUAGCAGUGAGUUCUUUCUUCAUCUCUAUCCUGGUUCUAACCAUUUUUCUUUAUCCUUGACCCUUAUCACAAAUUUUCUUAGGUGACAUGGUGACUUAUUUACACUAAGAAUAUAAAAAAUAU